CUUCUUUUCUUCUGAUAAAUGUAUUCUAGCAAUGUAAAUAUGGUGUGAGAACAUCAUUUUUAAGGUCAUAGAGUAGUGCAUGUGUAAAGAAGAGAAGGGGGAUGUGUGAUUAAGUAACUUAACCUUUAAUUCAUUAUAACAUAACUCAGAGGUAGCAGUAACAGGGCAGGUGUUUGCAAUGAGGAUUCUACCAAGAGGAAAUAAAUGUCUCCAAAUAUAGUCUCUUUAAGUUUUAUGCUGUGGUGCUAGUGAUAUUUUACCUUUGGGUUUCUACUAAAUAUGACUCUUCUUUUACGGGGAUGUUUUGUUACAUUGAUUUGUGGCUGCUUUGCACAAGACAAUCUUGACUAUGAGGUUUCCUUGGCUAAUGGCCUUGGGUCACGUCUUGCCACUACAUUGUGGCUACAACCUGCCUUCUGUUUCUAUGAAAACUGGCUGAGACAAUCAUCUAACAAAUACCUAAUAAAAAGAGAGACUGCUUCUAUACAUGUUGAAGUAAUGGAAGAAGGUAAUAAUGCAACCUAUACUGCUGUUGAUACACACAGCAUUCCAUUAUGUGGCAUUCUGUUUCCGGAACCCCAGGACAUAUCAGAAUAUGGUUACCAGCUAGGACCUGAUAUGCUUUGUAAAAACAAUACAUGUACUGCUCAACUUCUGCCAAGGAAAAACUACAGGGUGCGUUAUAUACUUUACAAUGAAGAAGGCACAGCAGUGGCAGCAUCCAGCUGGAGCCAGCCCCUUCAAACCAGAGAUGUUCAGGAUUUCCGGACCAUUAAUGUUGGCCUUGAGGCUCGUUCUGGUGGAAUGGUUGUAAUUACUGUGCUACUUAGUAUAGCAAUGUUUUUCCUUCUGAUUGGUCUUGCAAUAGCCUUAAUUAUUAAACGACCUUGAAAGAAUUGCUUUGUUAAUCAAAGUUCCUCUUCCUGCUAUUAUACUGGUGAGGAACUGUUCAGUUUUUUAUCUUUUUAUAAAAACAAAUCAAUAAAAUCUGAGAUUAAAUCUGG